UGCAUCCUGUACAUGAAAGUGGAAGUUUUGUCAUUUUCAACUACACUUUACUAAGCCUUUUCUGUCCUGAGGUAGAAGUUUCAUUUGAUCGAAGUCUGUGCAUAUGGUAACAAUGUCUUGGUUAUCUUUACAGCUCCUUAUAGGCAUGUUGCUUCUGCAGAAUUUUGUAGCUAAACAUGAAGCAAUGACCACAAGCAUCAGCACGAAUGGCGAAACGGAAACCACAAUUAAUCCGGUUUCACAGCCUAAUGACAACGUAACCCAAUUCAAUGACACAUCUAAUGACUUAACAGACGGCCAUCAGAACAUCACUGACACACCGUCAAAUAACACUGUUGAGACUACCACCUUACCCGGAUCAGAUCUGUCCACUCCUCCACCUGUCUCAGAACAUCCUCAGACCAGCAAUGUUACCAAAACAGAUCACAGUGUAAUCGUGCCGCAAGCCACCGUUUCUGGAAAAAUUGAAACAAACCCCACACCUAAAAAACCUGAAGAAGAUGCAUCUCCCAAAACUUACGGAGCAGCUUACAUUAUUAUCUUGGUCAUUAUCAUUGUGUGCAUGAUUGGAGUAACAAUUUACUGCUGCUUUCAAAAGAACACCAGGAGGUACUCCAUGGAUUUACAUCCCAAACAGGAAGAUGCUCAGGUUCCGCUCAGCGCAAUUGAUCCGGAGGUGUUCGACUCUACAUCAGUUAAAGACAUGCAAACAUUUAGUCCUGUCGAGUCCAGCAUCCCAUUAAAAGCCCCUGAACCUGUUAAAGAUGCUGAAAAGCCAGUGGAAGGGAAAGAAACGACUGAAGUUAAACAAGAACAGUCUGAUACCCAGGCCAUAGUGAUUUCAGAAGAUAAAGCAGUAGAGCUAACCAUAGUGGAUCUGACUGAUGAAGCUGUGGCCGUUUCGAACAAGACAUCGAUGGAAUCCCUAGAUGAGCCUCUUAAUGAAAACAAGAACAACAGCAACAACAACAAUAUAAGAGAUAAAGUCAAUGAGAAUGGGCAUUUCACUGAAAUCUCUCUUGAUGACUUCUGUACCUUAGGGUAAACAAUCUCCUCAACAUUUUACAAUGGUGAGUGUUUUCCAGGAGUCAGGCAACUGACACAACACAGAACAUCACAUAAAAGAAAGUG